CUUCAAACUCAUCACGCUCGUCGAUGAGUUUAGUCUAAAUCUUGUCUUUGGUUCAUAUAGUAACCGCCCCCGCAGCCGCCAUGCCCCUCGACCUCUACUACUGCAUCACCUCGCCCUUCUGCCGCUCGGUCCUCCUCACGGCCCGGACCUUAGGCGUCGAGCUCAACCUCAAGGAAGUGGAUAUCUGGCAGGGAGAGCAGUUCAAGGCCGAGUACCUGGCGCUUAACCCGGAGCACACUGUUCCCACACUCGUCGACGGGGAUCUCGUUGUGUGGGAGAGCCGGGCCAUAUGUACUUACCUGGUGACCAAAUUCGCAAAGGAUGACAGCGCUCUCUACCCGCGGGAUGCUGUAACACGUGCCAGGAUAGACAGCCUUUUGUAUUUCGACAUUGCUACGUUUUUCCCACGGUUCAGGGCCUUCAUGCAUUCCCAGCUGGGCGGCAAACGCGACCCCACCUACGACGAGAAAAAGGAAAAAUUCCAGGAGUGUCUGCACUGGCUCGAAAAAUUCCUCUCGCGAGCCGAUUUCGCCGCCGCCACUGACCGCAUCACCGUGGCGGACUUGGUACUGGUUCCAUCAGUGACUUCGGUAAUCGAGACUGGCUUUAUUCCCGAAGAAUACACGAAGAUUCACGAAUGGGUGAAGAGGUGUCAGGAGGGAAUGGCCGGAUACGAAGAAACGAACGGCAGGGGAGCUCAGCUGGUCGGAAAACGCAUCAGGGGAAUGAUCAGCAGUCAGUCAUAGGGCAGUGGAAAGUAAGCACAGUAGCUGAGCUUUCAUAUGUACUGAGAGAGAAAAGAAAAUAUAGAUAGGGAGGCAAUACAGCUUAGAAUUUGUGUGUGCUUAGAUGGAAAAUCUUUAGAUAGGCAGGCAAUAUAGCUGAGUUGUACUUAGAUAAAAAAAUAUAUAUACUGUAGACAGGCAGGCAAUAUGGCUGAGCUGUACUUUUGAAAAAAAAGAAAAAAAAAAUAUAUAGAUAGAUAGAUAGAUAGAUAGAUAGAUAGAUAGGCAGGCAGUACGACUGAGCUUUUGUGUGUACUUAGAAGCAAAGAUCGGCAGGAAGUAUAGCUCAGCUUUCGUAUGUACUUAAAUAAAAAUAUGUACUGAUGGUAAAAUGUAUGGAUUACUUUUAUGUGUAUAUUUUUCAUAAUCUUUUCCUCGCAUUCUAAUUUUCUCCAUCACUGAGAAGUCAGUUGUCAAAACAUUCAGUAUUCUGUACUUCAUAAAUACAUUUGUUCAGUCUUGUACAUGAAAAUGAUUCAUGCACAUGCAAAUAAAAGAAACGAAAAUG